AUGGGGCUUGCGCCACUAAGGCUACUAGCAGGGGCUUGCCCCUGUCAAGGCUCUCUCCCCAUCCCGUCUGAGCUUGCUGAGAUAAUGCGAUCCAUCGUGUAUGAUCUCAUUGGGCGAUGCAGUCCUCGUACGGUUUCCCACCCAAGUCGCGGUCUCCCCCAGUCGGCUCUGCCCGUGGUGGGGCACAUUACCCGGUUUUUGAUUGGUCCACCGUCAUUGUAUCAGCUCCGACCCUAA